CAUUAAAGAUUAUGAAAUAUUUUCAUUGGAUCGAAAUGAAUUGUGAUUAAGUUUUUCACUUAAAAGUUUAAUUUGAAUGGUUUGUGGUUAAUUGUUUCAAUUAACAAUUGAUUAAGUGUUGAUCUUAGAUUGAAAUUAGAAGGACAAUGUCCCUGAUUGGUCAAGUGAAGGCCCACAUGUGAUUGGGGCUGAAAUUGUCUCUUAAUUACCUUCUUGGUGUGAAGUUUGGGUUGAGAAGAAAAAAAAUUUUCUCUUUUGUUUUUUUUUUGUCUAUUUAUUUUUCUUUUUUAUUUUAAUUACUUGAUUAACUAAUUUUUUAUAUUGACAAUGUCAAGUUUAUCUUCAAGUCUUCAUAUUUUAACUCCCGAUGAUGAGAUUAACAUGAGGAAAUUGGAAUGUCUUAAGGAGCUAAGAAAUGUAACAUUGGAAUUACAUGAGAGAAAAUCACGUUUACAUGGUUCAUUGAAAGCCAUGGAUGAGGAAUCUAAAUACCUGGAGACUUAUAAACAGGAGAAAGAGUUGAUUGAACAAGAAAAGUUGGCUCAUGCUGAGGAAUUAAGAUUAAUUCAUACUGAUUUACACCAAAUGGAAUCAAUUAUUCAAGAAUCUGAAACGGAAGCUGAUCACCAUCUUACUUUAGCAAGAAGUUUAAUGUUAGAAUGGCAGCAACUCGCCGAUCGAGCAAAUAAGAUGAGAUCUUCUUUGGGCCUUGAAAAGUUGACAAGUUUACCAGAGGAAGAAAAAUUGAGAAGCGAAUUUACAAAAAGCUCAGAUCGAAAUGAUAUCGGAUUUGCUCAUUCAAAUCAAACGCGAGAUUUAAUCAAUGGAUUUAAACCUCUUCUCAUGAUUGCGAAUCAGCAUCAAUCCAAUCAACAACAUCCCUUUUUAUUUCCAUCUUCAACAGCCUCAAGUUCAAGAGAUUACAAACCAUCACUUUUGCCCAGUUCAUCGGCUAUUGGACUUUCAUCUUUAAUCAACCCGAUUCAUGGGCCACCUUCGGGAUUAAUGUCCACUGGAUCGUCAAGUAGCAUUUCCGAAAGGCCAUCGAAUCGAUCGUUCUGUCAACAACAACCCGCUCCAAUGAAAUCUUGUCUAACUUGCUUACAACAAAUUCAUCGAAAUGCACCAAUAUGCCCCAACUGUAAGGCCAAAAGUCGAUCCAAAAAUCCGAAAAAACCCAAACGGAAAACGGAAGAUUAAACUAAGUUAAUCUCAAGUUCAUCUCGAGUUCAUCUUUUUUUCAUUCGCAUCUCAAUUCAUUGGUUCAUCAUCUCACUUCAUCUUAUUUUCACCUUUUUAAAAAUAAAUUGACUUGGAAUAAGGAUAA